CCAGCUGGUGCGAGCUGGGAGACAGCGCAGCCGGGGCAGGUGCCAGGCUGCAGCAGCUUGCCGGGCUGGAGGUGGCUGUGGCAGGCACCCGCUGCAGCCCCAGCUGCCCAUCGCCGCCCAGCCGUGGGCAGCGCCGCAUCCCUUCCCUGCUGCGCUGCCGCCCUCGGCCUUCCUUUGCUCUUUGGCUCCCCUGCCAAGGCUUUACUCCGCUGAAGCGACUGGCUUUGCCGGGGUCCCCGCUCUACCUUCCCCGCGUCGCAGACCCGCCGCAGGUCUUCGCGAGGGUGGGUGCCACCGCUCCGGCAUCGUGGCGCGGGCAGGGCUCUCCCGUGAGCGGCGGCGGGGCGCUUUCCCAGCUCUUUCCGUAGCAUCGCUGAGCGGUCAACGGCAAGGCCAGGCUGCAGAGCCCACGCUCGGGCAGCGCGAUGCUCUCCAUGACGUACAGCGAGAGCCUGCGCAGCGUGGCCAGCCGGCACCCCCCCGAGUGGGGGCUGCCGCCGGCCCCCCGGCCGGCGGAUGGGCUGGAGCUGCGGCGGCUGCGGGACGUGCGGGCGGCAGCGCGGGCGAAGACGCUGGAGGAGUUCCUGCGGAUGCACGGGCUCUCCCUGGCCGACAGCACUGCCCGCACCACUGGCAUGAGGUACAGGAACCUCGGGAAGUCGGGGCUGCGUGUGUCCUGCCUGGGCCUGGGGACGUGGGUGACUUUUGGAGGGCAAAUCACAGAUGAGAUGGCAGAGCAGCUGAUGACUUUAGCCUACGACAACGGCAUUAAUCUCUUUGACACGGCAGAAGUCUACGCUGCUGGCAAGGCCGAGGUGGUGCUGGGGAACAUCAUCAAGAAGAAAGGGUGGAGACGGUCCAGCCUGGUCAUCACCACCAAAAUCUUCUGGGGAGGAAAGGCUGAGACGGAGAGGGGCCUGUCCCGAAAGCACAUCAUAGAAGGUCUGAAGGCGUCACUGGAGCGGCUGCAGCUGGAGUACGUGGAUGUGGUGUUCGCCAACCGGCCCGAUCCCAACACGCCGAUGGAAGAGACGGUGCGAGCCAUGACCCACGUCAUCAACCAGGGGAUGGCCAUGUACUGGGGGACCUCGCGCUGGAGCUCCAUGGAGAUCAUGGAGGCGUACUCGGUGGCCCGGCAGUUCAACCUGAUCCCGCCGAUCUGCGAGCAGGCUGAGUACCACAUGUUCCAGCGGGAGAAGGUGGAGGUGCAGCUCCCCGAGCUCUUCCACAAGAUAGGUGUCGGAGCCAUGACCUGGUCCCCGCUGGCCUGCGGCAUCGUCUCGGGGAAGUACGACGGGGGGAUCCCCCCCUACUCCCGUGCCUCGCUGAAGGGAUACCAGUGGCUGAAGGACAAGAUCCUGAGCGAGGAGGGCCGGCGACAGCAGGCGAAGCUGAAGGAGCUGCAGGCCAUCGCUGAGCGCCUGGGCUGCACCCUGCCCCAGCUCGCCAUCGCCUGGUGCCUGCGCAACGAGGGCGUCAGCUCCGUCUUGCUGGGUGCCUCCAACGCCGACCAGCUGAUGGAGAACAUCGGAGCAAUACAGGUCCUUCCGAAGCUGUCGUCUUCCAUCGUCCACGAGAUCGAUAGCAUCCUGGGCAACAAACCCUACAGCAAGAAGGACUACAGAUCCUAAGCGCGCCACCCGCCGCGCAGCCCUCGCCGCCCGUUCGCUUGCUUACGCUUUGUUGGAGCAAAGUGGAGAGUGUGGUUUGCACCGCGAGCCCGACGCGCCGAGAGCCAGCGC